AUGAACAAGAGGAAACGCGUCGUCGCCGAAUCUGACGCCGAGGCUGCCGUUCUUCCGCCAAAGAAGGUCAAAAGAUCUUCUUCAAUUGAUCCUGCUCCAGGUGUCGCUGGGUCUGAUGAGGCUUCACCGGGCGUCGCCCCAUUGCCCACAACUGACGAUCUGGUUCCUGGAUCCAAUGAUGAUGCCGUUCCGCCUUCUCCUCCGAAGAGGUCCCAGAAAUCCAAAAAGGUUAACCCCGAUCCAGCGGGAAAAUCUGGGGUCGAGACUUCCUCGCCUCAGAAGUUGAAAAAGAAGAGAAAGAAAGGUAAGAAACCUCCAGAUGGCGAAGCACCUGCCCCACACCUGGCGGGCGAAGAGACUUCAAAGCCCUUGGGCGGUGCUGAGUCUUCACCUUGCCCAGAAGGAGUUUCCGUUGGCCAACAACUUCCUGAAGAUUCUCCCCAGGUAAUUCCUUCCUCCGGUCAAGUCGGGGCGGACCCAGCUGGAGUAUCCUCCGCCCGACCGGUGAGCCCUCAGGACGAAGGUGCAAGCCCCCAAGCGUCGCCAGUCUUUUGUCCCCCCAGUCCUGAAACCAACCGUGCUACUACUGGCGACCAAACAAGAUCUUCAUCAAGCCAACAGCCUUCCACCAUCGACUUCAUGUUGUCCAACGCCUUUCUCGGCAAUAUGAGAGCCGCUGAGAUUCCUGACCUUGACAUCGCAGCGCAGGAAGCCCUCACCCACCUCUUGCGGGCGGGGUGUCUCUUCGACCAACUAUCCCAAGACUCCGCUUCUUCCGCAGAAGUGGAGAAACUUCAACAAGAGGUUGAAGGUUACCGUGCGGCCACGCAAGAGGCUCAUAAUGAAUGGGACAAGUUGCAGACCCAGGUGGUAGCCCAAACGAGGAAACUGACCGACGUAGGCGUUGAUAUGAACUACCACGAGGAGGACCUGACUGCUUGCAAGGAAAGGACGGAUGAUUUGGAGUUGGAUUGGUAUGAACUUCAGCAAGAGGUGAAGGCAAAAACGGAGACCAUCAACGCCAGCAGGGCCGCUUGCAUCGUUCAAGGCAAGGAGAUCGCGUUCCUUCAGAGCGAGUUGGGUGCGGCGAACGAGGCCCUGGCUGAUGUGAGGUCACAACUUGAGGUAGAAAACCAAGCCCUCGCGGAUAUGGACUCCAAAAUCAAAACCUCUCAAGCCCGGUUGGUGGCUGAUGUUGCUGCUGAGGUCGUGGAAGAACGUGGCCGCGAUUUCUUUCUCGCCAAGGCCCAUGUUCAACAUCUCUACCCAGGAAUUAACCUUGAUGGAAUGGGGGCUUUCAAGAAGAUUACCUCACAUGGGCUCGUUGGCCUUGACGAUUCUCCAGGCUUCACCGCUGAGCGUUUCGCCGCUGCUGAAAUUGAGAGGGAGAAAUCGUCAAUGUAA